AUGGUAUCAAUCGAUGGUAAUCUGGGCCGACCUUUCUUUUUAUAUGGUCAUGGAGGAACCGGGAAGACUUUCUUAUACAACACCAUCAUUGCAAAAUUAAGAAGUCUCUCUAAAGUUGUGAUCGUUGUAGCUUCCUCAGGCAUAGCAGCAACUCUCCUACCAAAUGCCACCACAGCUCAUUCAAGGUUCAAAAUUCCACUUCAUUUGGACAACACUUCCACCUGCUCAAUAAAAAAAGGAACUCACCUAGCUGAACUCAUACAGAAAGCAGCCCUUAUUGUUUGGGAUGAAGCGCCGAUGACACACAGGCAAGCAUUUGAAGCUAUUAAUAGAACCCUAUGUGAUCUUAUGAACAUACCUCUUAUUGGCCCACAACAUAAAUUGUUCGGCGGGAAAACAGUGCUGUUUGGAGGGGAUUUCCGACAAACUCUACCAGUGAUUCCAGAGUCUGGCAGAGAACAGACAAUUGACGGUUCACUCACUAGAUCUGACAUUUGGAACUCCUUUACUCUUCUCAAAUUAUCGAGGAACAUGAGGCUCAACAACUCAUCAUCAAAUGACACGUUGAUCAGUAACAAAUACACAUUUGGGGAGUGGGUCUUAGCUCUUGGUGAUGGAAAGCUUCCAUGUAAACGUUUCAAAGAAGACACACCAGCUGAUUGGAUCGAAAUACCAUCUUUGUUUUUGGUACAACCACAGUUAAGUCCAAUCACCUCCAUCGCAGCAGAGAUAUAUGAUUCCUUCACUGAAACUUACAAAGACACAAAAUAUCUAACGUCCAGGGCAAUUGUGACACCAACAAAUGCAAAAGUUAGUGAGAUUAAUGAAUUCAUGCUUCAACAGGUGCCGGGGCCAGUGCGCUCUUAUUAUAGCUCAGACUCUAUGCAGCGUGACACACAAGUACCUGAGUCAUUUGAUGAAACUUAUCCAACUGAAUUUUUGAAUACAUUGACAUUCAACGGUGUGCCAGAUCAUGAGAUUAAACUGAAGGUACACACUCCUGUGAUGUUGCUAAGGAAUUUGAAUACCUCUGCUGGACUAUGUAAUGGAACCAGGAUUAUGAUAACAGAACUGGGAGAGAAUGUCAUCAAAGGAAUUAUCAUGGGUGGAACUUUUGAUGAGCAGCCUGUUAUUAUCCCUAGAAUUGUGUUAAAUGUUGAGGACAGGAGGUGGCCAUUUAUACUUAAAAGAAGGCAGUUCCCUGUGCGACUUUGUUACGCAAUGACUAUAAAUAAAAGUCAAGGCCAGACUCUCGAGAAAGUAGGAGUUUAUCUACCAGAACCUGUCUUCAGCCAUGGCCAAUUGUAUGUUGCUGUUUCAAGGGUGAGAUCAGCAGAGGGUCUACGGUUCUUGAUAGUUAACACAGACGGGAUUCCCAACAACUGCACCAGAAACAUUGUCUUUACUGAAGCUUUUGAAGACAUCAACACAAAUCGAAACAUUUCACAAAUGUAA